GCGGGGCGGAGACGGCGGAGGAAAGGCGGGGGCGGAGGCGGCGGAGGGGAGGCGGGGGCGUCCUCGCCGGUGUGUAGCAACGGAGAUGGCGCGUGCCGAGUCCUCCGCGAGGAGAGCUUGUAAGCAGGAGGCGUGCUCCACAGGGCCGGCUGCACGCAGGUCAGAUGUCGGUUUGGAGAGGAGCUCGGCGGAGCUGCGCCGCCGUGUUCGCCACCAGCAAGCUUCAGUCGGUGGGUGCGACGGCAGUCGUCAGCGCCGUCGGGGCGCAAGGUGUGCAGAUUAUGCAGGUCAUAUACCUUACAGCGUUGGCUAUGACCACAGCUACGAUCCUGAUAAUGAAAUGUCAAGCAGCGACAGUCUGGAGAAGAGUAGCACAUGCAGUGAUGAUGAAUCUGUGUCCAGGAGGAAGAAGAUGCAAGAGGAUGCUCUAUUCGGCUUUUUCAAGAAGGAGGCUCUCAAAUCUCUCAAGAGGGAAUUCUCAAUUUUUUGUCAAAACGCUAAUAUCAAAGUCGAGAAUAAAAGGCUAAAAGCAACAGGGCUAGGAAGGGAUGCGUAUAGUGUGUAUGCCACCAAGUACUUCGCUGAGAUACUCAAGCGUAUGGCUAUUGGCCGGAAGAAUGUGAUCUCAAAAUACGGGUUCGAGCAUCUCCUGAAGUUUGAGAAAACUGAACUCCCUUCUCACUUCACUAGAUGGAUUGUUGGUUGCGUAGACACAAUAUCUUCCCAAAUCAUUAUUGACGAUCAGAAGAUUAUCUUUCUUUCUAAGGAGUCUGUCCAUCUUGUGUUGGGUUUGCCGAACAGUGGCGUUGUAGCGAUGCCCAAUAAGGAGAGAGGGAGGAGUUUCAUUAUGUCUAGGUUCAAUCUUUCAGAAAUUCCAAAUGUCACUUUCUUUGGAAAUAUGCUCACAUCAGAAGAAGAUCUUAGCGAUGAGGACACCUUUAUAUGUUUCAUGGUGAUUGUUAUGUCAUGCUUUCUGUUCCCUUCUUCAAAUGAUCAUAUACACACGGACUUCCUAUUCCUUCCGGAGGAUCCUACUGUCACAAGGGGAUUCGACAUGUGUCUUCUUGUCUACCAAUGGAUUUUGGCCGGCAUCAACCAAUAUGUGUUGUUUGGUAGGGAAACCGGCAGGAAACCAAAAGCCUUCGAUUUCUGGAUAUAUUGCUUGGCUGUGUUGUAUUUAGAUAAGCUUGACUUUGGUGUAAAGGUGGUCGAGCAAGGCACCCCAAGGAUUCUUGCAUGGAAGGGUAAUUUGAUUAAACAUUUCUCGGAACUUGACCGGAAGAAGAGCAACUUGUUUGGAAGGAGACCGUUCAAAAAGGAGCAUCUGUUUGCAACUGAAAUGGGUGCUCGUCACGGCAUUAUACAACAAGGAUCAAUGUCAGUAUCUUUCAAAGAGGAAAUGUUGUCAUCUUAUGCUAACGUUCUACAUGGGCAGAUUAUUCAGGGCAUCAUUGGCAGCGCACACUGCGACAAGAUAAAUGAGUCUGGUUUUCAAAAUGUUCAGGAAGCAAUAGCAUCAAAUGUGUUGAAGUUUCUAUCUGGACCUGGAGUAUCAUCUCUUUUCAACGCUGGUGGUCAGGGCACCCUUUCAAAACUAGGAUCAUUAGCGAAACAGAAGAUGGGCAUAUCAAGUGAGGAUGAUAGAACUCACAAAAAAGGUUUACGCGAGUAUGGUGAAAGCAGUGAUGUGAAUGAGAAGCUCAAGCACGUUAAGAGCAACAUCAGUCGAACAACUGUCAAGAUCAAUGAAAACAUGGUUUCAUCAAUUGCAGCUAGCAAGCAUUCCGACACAGGAACGAGCAACAACAAACUUCCGUUGCAACCUGUUGUUGAGAACAGUUUGUCGUUAGUUCAUAAGGACUCGCAUGACGCUUUAGCAACCCCAGAAUGUGCGAUUACUAAAAUUGUUGAACACAGCAAUGAAAAAGUGCCCGAAGUGGAAGUAGUGAAGAAGGUCAGGGCUAGGGUGUUCAACACAAUGCAUCGUGAGCAGGAGUUUUCUUUGAUUAACACAUUCCCAGCAGGGUUGAAGGAGCGCAACUCUUUUCUUCAGUUUAGUGUGCAACACAGCCAGGGCACUUUCACACGCUCCAUCAGUCUUACCGGCACAAAAAAGGAUGUUGGAGGUCAGAUUGCACCUCCUGAGGCAGGGCAGAGCAAUUACCAGAUGAUUAACCACAUGUCACCAAUUGGCCGUACAAAGCUGUUCAGCGAGGACUGCAACAUUGGCACCAGCAACAACCCUCCUAAGCUCAUGGCAUUGGCAGACAAGUUUUCAAAAACCAGCCAAAUCAUUGGCACAAAACAAGCACCAAUCCCAGUGGCCGAUCUUUCCCCCUCUAUGCCAACUAAGAGGAAGGCAGACAUCGUUGAUAUCAGUCCAACAAGUUUUGGUGUCAGGCAAAUCGAAUUAGCUAAGAAUGCAGAUCUUGUAUACAACAAUCUAAUCGGACUAAUUGCGAAACGUCAAUGCCAAUCUACGGUAGGGGUAGAAGAGGUUGUUGAUGUGCCAGACGACACUGAUAAUCAUAUCAUUAUCGAUGAACUUGCACCGGACACCGUUCUCAAUCAAGGUGGACAUGAUAAUUUGAUCAUUUUGCGACCAAAAAGUCUCCUGGAACUCCCAAUCGAGGAAAAUGAAAAGUUCCCUGUGUCAAAUGAAGAGUGCAUGCAUUACAACUCAAUAAUCGAACUUGCCUAUACAAAAAGAAUUCAGAGGAACUAUGCGUUGACGUACUCAAUGGUUCAUUGCAAUUACGUAUCACUUGGACAAAGCCUUAUGCCAACCGGGCACAUCGACAAUUUCCUGAUCCCUUGCUUUUGUCGGAAGUUCUUCGAGGACCAUCAUCCCUCAAUCUCUGGAAGGCACCAUUUCUUCCCGAACAUUGGCGAGUAUAUUCUGAACUACCCAAAAGACGAUAAACUAAGAUCAAUUGCCACUUCUUUUUUGGGGGCAGGAUCAGCAAGUAGGGGUAAACGGCUAGAUUUGUCAAAUACGCUGUUCUUCCCCACAUGCCUCGACAACCAUUGGAUAGUGUUUGCUGUCAAUUUCAAGUGGAAACUUUUUGCUUUCUUGGAUUCUUUUUACGACAAGGACUCAUAUCUUCACAAGUCUAUCAGAGAGAAAUUUAUCAAUAACUUCAUCAAGUUGUGGGAAAUCAUUUCCCAAACAGACCAGCAUAAUUUCAAGAUUUUCAAAAGGAUGUACCCUCACGUGCCAAAGCAGAUUAAUGGAAAUGAUUGUGGAGUGUUUGCAACAAAGAUAAUGGAGAUAUGGGACCCAACCUUGGAUCUAUGCAAGAUUUUCUCACAUGAAGACAUCCAACACAUAAGAAUUCAGUACAUGAACCAACUUUUCUUUUGUAAGAAAAACACUGCAGACAAGAGCCUUGUCACUGGUUUCAACUUACAGGGGUAACUUCGUCAGCGAUCCUCCAUGAUAGCGGUGUCGUUCUCUGUUUCUAGGCUUGUUUGGAUGGGCAUCAAGAGAAGAAGAGAGCUCAUUUUAAAAAAUUCUGUAGCAUCAUCUAGAUCAUUUUGUGUAGUGUAGUGAUCAAUGAAACUGUUGAGGAAGUUGUCGUUGGUUGUACGAGCAUCUCAUAUUGUUGUAAAUGGUGGCCACUUCUUUUUUCAUGUAAAGACAAAUCUUCUAUUCUAUGUCAUACGUAUUAGUUCUGAGACAGA